AUGGUCACAAGUGGAAGCGCAUUAGCCAGUUGUCCAGUUACAAACUUUCUUUUCUCCAAAGGAGUCACGGCAAUAGAACAUUUUACAAGAAUCGGAUUAAAUGUUGGUUUGGGAACGGAUAUUGGAGGAGCAUAUUCAAGCAACAUGCUUUCUGUCGUGCGAGCUGCUGUUUUUGCAAACAGAACGAUGGAUUUUGUCUCUUUUGAUCGUUCAAAUGCUACAUUACCAUUCUUUCCUGAGCAUAAAGAUGUUGUUAUCGAUUUGAAAUUCGCUUUCUAUUUGGCCACACUUAGAAGUGCACGAGCUUUGAAUAUCGAUUCACAAAUUGGAAGUUUUGAAGUGGGAAAGCAAUUUGAUGCAUUACUUAUAGAUUGUAACAAGGAGAGUCAAGAGUUUGAUUAUUGGAACGAGGAUGAAAUGGACAUUACAUUUGAGCAAUGGGUGAAUGCAGGAGAUGAUAGAAAUAUUACUGGAGUUUGGGUUCAGGGAGUCAAAGUUGAAUGA